AUGGCGUCGCUGUUGUCGUACGGAGCCGGCAUCUUAGCCGGCGACAUCGGCGCGAAUCUCGAGGCCACGCUCGGCGUGCCGGGCCCACUUGCCGGCUGGAGCCACGUCAACCUGCCGGCGGAAGGCGACGACGAGCCUCGUCCCGCGGAGGGGGAUUUUCUUAGCCUCGUCACGCGCGAGGACGAUGGCGUGGACGGCGCUGACGAGGACAUGCUCGACGGAGACGGCGUGUCGCGCAGGCCAGUUCGGCAACUUCUAGGAGUCGAUUCUCCGUCCGGGAGUCCCGGGAGCGCGUCGGUCCAUCUCCCGCAGACCGUCCUCCAGGUCAUUGCCACGUCACUAGAAGCUGACGUGGUCGUCAUGGCGGUUCUAUUGCCUCCGCCAGGCCCCACUGUCGCGGAUAUGGCGCAGGCGGCGGACGAAGCCGCGGCUGCUGCAGGCGCUCCCCCCGCCCCUCCGCCUCUCUUCCCCGGCGCUGCUUUCUCCCCCGUUGCGCCCGCCUUCGGCGCGCAUUCGCUUGGCGCGGAAGCCAGCGCGGACAGGUCCGGGGAGUUUGGCGCAUGCGCCAGUAGCGGAGGGGAUGUUAGUGGGUACGGGGAGAGCGGAGGGUUCUGCAGCCGUGAGGGCAUGGGGAGGAGCAGUGGAGCGGGGUUCCGUGGCGGCGGAAGAGGCGGGGAAGAGGGCGCAGGGAGAUGUGACAGCCGCGACGAGGGGGGCGGAAGGGGAGGGGGGAGGGGGAGCGGGAGGGGGAGCGCGCGGGGGAGGGGGGAGGAAAUGGAGGUGGUGCGGGUGGCGGAGUCGAUCCUGUCGACGCCCAAGGGGGUUGUGCCGGAGAUGGUUCCCUUUUGUAGGCGCAUGAUGAAGGCAUGCAAGCGACACAAGGUGGUGAGCACGGCGGGGCUGCAUCUGCCAGCGGUCAUCGAGGAUGUGCUGGGCUGCCACCCCCGCCGCUUCAUGGGCCGAUUCGUGCGCCUGCACAGCUACCGGGGCGUGCUGUACGCGCUGUGGAGCGACCCGGCCAAGGUGCCCCCAACAGUGGAGGAGGUGAUGGGGCGCGCAGCACACACGAUGCCGCUGCUCAUGGCAAACCGCAUCUCCGCGCGCCAGUCAGCGCGCCUGGGGCAGCAGUUUGACGCCAUCCUCAAGCGCAUGCCGCAGGCCGUCGUGUUCGUGGAUGACGAGCUCGCACAGGUGGUGGUGAACCCAGCAGCGGCGGAUCUGCUGGAUCUGCCGUGCUUCGGGGAGGUGGACCCCGUGAAGGUCGCAACUGCCAUGCGCCAGCUGGCCGAGAGGAGCGGUAACCGCCCCGACCUGCACAGGUGGUUCAGCAUGGUAGCGGGGGCGGUAGAGACGGAGAUAGAGGAGGAGUGGGAGCUGCGGGAUCCGCCCAUGGUGCUGCGCGUGCACUCGUACCCCGUGGCAGCGCACACCACGUCGGCGCACGGGCGCCUGUGGCUCUUUGAAGACGUCACUGCCGACCGCCGCGCCCGCCAGGCCAUUGCCGCCGCCAACCGCGCCAAGUCACAGUUCCUUGCUACUAUGAGCCACGAGCUCAGGACGCCCAUGACUGGUGUACUGGGCAUGUUGGAUCUACUGCGGCUGACGGAGAUGAGUGAGGAGCAGCACGGGGUGCUGAAGCUGAUGCAGGCGUCAGCGGACGGGCUGAUGACGGUGCUGAACAACAUCCUUGACUUAUGCAAGAUGGAGGCUGGGAGGCUGCUGCUCGAAUCCAUUGACUUCAGCAUCGCCGCCCUGCUGGACCAGGUGGUGGUGCUGUUCGAGCAAGCGGUGCAGGACAAGGGCAUGCGUCUGGUCAUCCACCCACCACCCCCUGAUGCUCUCUACGUCUGUGGCGACCCCGUGCGCGUCAAGCAGGUGGUGGCGAAUCUGGUGAGCAACGCGGUGAAGUUCUCCAAGCGCGGCACCAUCACCGUCUCCUGGCGCAUUGUGCCCGACCCCUCUGCCUCUGGCUGUGCUGAUGGUGACAGUGCGGAGCAGGAAUGCACAGAGAGUGGGGAGGUGGAAGCGGAGAUGGGGGAAGAGGGGCAAACGGGGGAUGAGGGAGAGGGGCAGGAGGGGGAGGAGGGGGAGAGGCAGGAGGGGACUCAGGAGUUGGGGCAGGAGGUGGGAGGCAGGAGCCCAAUGGAGUCCGGCAGUCGCUCGAUACAGUCACACUCUCACUCGCUUGCUGCCUCACUGUCUGCCCCCGCGGGCGAUAGCACCGCUGCUGCAGAGACUGUGGAGGCAGCAGAGGCAGCGGACGCAGCAGGGGCAGUAGAGGCUGGGGGGGCAGCGGGGGCAGCAGGCACGCUGACCUCCCCUGGCAGCACCAGUGGGGUCGUGGGGAAAGGGGCGGACGGGGGGAGAUGGGGGGAGAGCAAGCGGGGGCGGAUGUGGGGGAGGGGGAAGAGAGGGCGGGGGGAAAGCAGGGAGGGGUCUAGCGAGGGGGCGAGGCAGGGUCGGGGCAAGCAGGCAGCGAGUGGAGGGUGGGGGGGGGGCAGGCGGGCAGGGAGUGCGAGUGCCCUGCAGCGUGUCUGCAGGGCAGGAAGGAAACAUCUCCUCUGCGCCCUCAGCGCAGCGUCAAGGCACAUCAUCCGGUGGCUUCCCCUCCAGUCCCUAUUGCACGCCGCGCCUCGCUCUGCUCCUUGCUCUGCUCUGCACUCCGCGCCCUCCCUCCCGCCGAACCUCGCCUCCCUGCCGCCGCAGCUCUACUCCCUGCUCGCGCCCUACCUGGCCAGCUUUGAAUCAGCGUCAGCAGCAGGCGGUGUUCUGCCAAGAGUGUCUGCUGCUGCUGCGGCUACUGCUGCUGCUGCUGCCGCUGCUGCUUGUGGGGGUGCCACGGGCGGAGCGCUGGGUUCUGCUAAUGUUGCUGGGGGUGUGGCUGGAGUGCGGCUGCCAGCUGGUCAGGAGACGCACGGGCCUGCAGGCUCGGCAUUGGAUGCAGGCUUGGGGAUGGGGGGGCGGAUGGAGUGGAUGGGCGAGUGUGAUGGGGGGGAACCGAGCGCACGAGAAGGGGAAGGGGGAGGCAUGGGGGGAGAGGGAGCAGGAGUGGGAGAGGGAGAAGAUGCAGGAGUGUUAGAAUCAGCUGCUGACGUGACAAUGCUGCUGGGUGAACCUUUCAUGCCGGUUUCCAGUCCGCUCAGACCCUCCGGUGGCAGCAGCGUGUCUGCUGACGUGGCGGAUGUUGUCGUGCUGGAUGACGGCCCAGGCUCUGACGUGGCAGCUGACGUGGAGAUGCUGUGUGGGGAUAUACUCCCUGCACCUGCUACAGCUGCAGCCACCACCACUCCUGCUACAGCCGCCGCUGCUACAGCCGCCGCUGCUACAGCAGCAGCACCUGCCCCCACCACUUACCUCACCCCCAGCACCCCUGCAAUCCCUCCCACACCCACUCCCGCCUCCCCGUCCCUCCCCUCUCUCCGCCCCCCAGCCAGCCCGAGGCUGCGCGUGGUGUGGCAGGGGGGGCGGGCGGCGGGGGAGGAGGACGUGGGGAGGGUGAGUGUGCGGGCGAGCUCAGAGGCGCAGCAGUGGCUGCGCUCUCUGCAGCAGCCCGUGGGCCGCCUGCAUGGCUUUGAGGACGUGACUGUAACGGACGGCGUUGUACAGGACGGGUCUGUGCUUGUAGGCACGGGCGUGUGUGAGGGGCUGGGGGGGAGGGUGGGGGACGCUGGGUUGCUGCGCGGGGGGUCGGGGGACGUGAUUGUGCGGCGAGGGGGUGGGGCGCGAGGGGAGGGGGGCGGGGGGGUGGUGAGAAGGAGCAGUACGGGGCGGGCAGGGGCGGUGGAGGUGGUGGGGCGCAUGGGGAGGAGCGUGCAGCAGCGGGAGCGCGCGCUCAGGAGGCAUGCGUCUGCUGGUGUGGCGGAGCAGGGGAGGCGGGGGAAGGGCGAGGAAGGUGGGAGCGUUGCCUGGGGUGGGGGGAAUGAGAGGGGAAAGCUGCAGAGUGAAGGUCAGGGAGGGGGUGAUUCGGGCAGGAGGGAGCGUGGGGAAGGGGAUUCUGCUCGGGGGGGUUAUAGUGGGGGUGCUAGUAGCGGGGGAGCAGAGACGGUUGUGACUAUAGGCGAGGUGGUGGCUGCUGUGGGUGAUGUUGGGUGUUCCGGCAGUGCAAGGGUUGACACUGGGGGAAGCACAGGGGGGAAGGAGGGCGGUGAAAAGGGGAGAGGAGGGGCGGAGGUGGAGGACGGGAGCGAAGAGGACGGGGAGAGUGGGGAAGAGGGGGAGGAGAUGGAGGAGGAAGAGGAUAAAGACAGGGAGGAGGAGCAGGGGGUAGUAGCCAAGGAGGGAGAGGAGGAGGGGAAGGAAGGAGAGGGGGAGGAGAAGGGGGAGGUGGGCAAGGAGCGGGAGCGGGUGUGGUACGAGGUGUGUGUGGCGGACGAGGGGGAGGGCAUGGCGGAGGAGGAGGUGCAGCAGGUGCUCUUCAUGGCUCAGGCCGGCGCUCAGAGAGGGGGAGUGGGCGGCACAGGCCUAGGGCUGGCCAUCAGCCAUGGGCUGCUGGCGCUGAUGGGCGGGCGCCUCUGGAUCAAAUCCCAGCCGUCCAAAGGCACCCAGGCCUUCGCCCUCAUCCCCCUCCUCCCCGCGUCCGCCCCCUUCCCCCCAUCCGCCAAGGGCGGCCCGCCUGCCUCCCCCCUGGGGGCAGGCCGGCGCUCCCCCUCGCCUUGCCUGGCCGGGGGCCAAGCGGGGAAGGAGGGUGAGGAGGGGGAUAGGCAAGCGGUAUCAGCGAAAAUGGAGGUGGAGGGGGCCGAGGGGGGUGGAAGAGAGGGGAAACGGGAAGAGAAAAGGGAGGUGGAGGGGCAGGGUGAUGAGGAAGAGGAGGAGGAAGAGGAGGAAGAGGAGGAGGAGGAGGAGUGCAAGAGUCUGCGUGUGUUGGUAGCGGAGGACAACAAGGUGAACCAGCUGCUCAUCCGCCGCCUGCUCAAGCACUACGGCCACGACGUCACGGUGGUGGGCAAUGGGCGCCUGGCCGUGGACGCGGUGCAGAAAGAGAGCUUCGACCUCGUGCUCAUGGACUUGCAGAUGCCCGUGCUGGUGAGCCAUGCCGUGCCGUGCUGCCUCCGCCUGUUUUUUUCCCCACCUGCCUCCUCUUUCCCCUGCCUCUUCCAAGACGGGCUGAGUGCCACGCGUGAGAUCAGGAAGCUGCCAGGAAGGGAGGCGCGCAUCCCGGUGUACGCGUUGACGGCGGACGUGUUGGCGCCGGAGAUAGAGGCGGCGGGGAUGGACGGCUUCCUCAGCAAGCCCAUCGCCUGGGACAAGAUGAGCCACGUCGUAAGCUCGCUGCUGCACGCCAAGAACGCCAAGCUCAAGCAGCAGAAGCAGGCUGCUCCUGCUGCUGCUGCUGCUGCCUCCGCUGCUGCUGGCUCUGCUGCUGCUGCAGGAGCGCUGGUUGGUGGAGUGGUUGUGAGUGGCGCAGGUGCGGCUGCAGCAGCAGGAGGAGGUGCGGCGGGUGCAGAAGGGGGAGGGGGCGGCAAGUUGCGGGUGCUGGUGGCGGAGGACAACAGGGUGAACCAGAUGCUCAUUCGCAAGAUGCUGCAGCACUAUGGGCACGAGGUGACACUGGUGCUCAACGGGCGGCUGGCAGUGGAGGCAGUGCAAGCAAAGCCAUUCGACCUUGUUCUCAUGGAUAUUCAGAUGCCCAUCAUGGACGGCUUGACAGCCACGCGUGAGAUCAGGAAGCUGCCAGGAAAGGAGGCGCGCAUCCCGGUGUACGCGUUGACGGCGGACGUGUUGGCGCCGGAGAUAGAGGCGGCGGGGAUGGACGGCUUCCUCAGCAAGCCCAUCGCCUGGGACAAGAUGAGCCGCGUCGUGGAAACUCUGCUGCGAGCCAAGGCAGGCCAGUCCUGA